UCGAGCGAGACGUGGUACUCCAUGGACGAGGCGAAGAUCGAGGAGGUGCGCAAGGCCAAGGCCUGGAUGCAGGACGCCAACUACUUCACGCGCGUCAUGGUGUCGCCCGCCGCGUCCAUGAAGAUGCUCAUGCAUGCGCACAGCGGCUGCGAGGCGGGCCUCUCGGCCGGCGGCAAGCCGCUCGAGGUCAUGGGCAUGAUGCUCGGCUACCCGAGCGACGAGCACAAGCACACGCUCGUCGUCACGGACGUCUUCCCGUUGCCCGUGACGGGCUUCGAGACGCAGGUCGUCGCCGACGACGAGAACGUCAUCAACUACAUGAUCAAGCUCUCCGACAUGGUCGAGGUCACGCGGAAGGAGCGGCUCAUGGGCUGGUACCACAGCCACCCCUUCGACGUCGACGAGGCCCACAACCACUGCUUCCUGAGCUCCACGGAUUUAAGUACGCAGCUCUCGUGGCAGAACGCGGAGGACCCGAACGGGAACCCGUUCCUCGCGAUCGUCAUCGACCCGCUCCGGUCCUUCGCGAAGAACUCGUCGGAGCUCGCGGCCUUCCGGGCCUACCCGCCGACGGCGUCGCCGCCGCCGAACCAGUGCCCCGACGGGUCCAUCGUGACCGAGGACGCGAAGCGCGUCGAGGUCUGGGGCUCGUGCUGGAACCGCUACUACGAGCUCAAGGUCGAGUACUUCAUGUCGGACCAGGCCAAGUCCAUCAUCGACAUCCUCAACCACAGCCACCUCUGGGCUAGAACCCUCUCGGCGACGCCGGCCCUC